ACAGGAAGUCCUCGAUGUUUAUGGCGAGACGACGAGAAGAUGGCAACCGCUGUGGAUACGGGAGCCUCUGCGGAUGGGACGAUGGCUUCCAACACUUCAGACAGUCCGAUGACAGCUGAAGAAGCUGCUGCCCAAAAGAGAGAAGAACGCCUUCGAAAAUUCCGAGAACUUCAUUUGAAAAGGAAUGAAGCCCGUAAGUUAAAUCAUCAGGAAGUUGUGGAAGAAGAUAAAAGGCUGAAGUUACCAAGCAACUGGGAAGCAAAAAAGGCUCGCUUAGAAUGGGAACUCAAAGUGGAAGAAAAGAAAAAGGAAUGCUUGCUGAAAGGAGAAGAUUAUGAGAGAGUAAAGCUGCUAGAAGUAAGUGCAGAAGAUGCAGAACGCUUUGAGAGGAAAAGGAAGAAGAGAAACCCUGAUUCUGGAUUUUCAGACUAUGCAGCUGCUCAGUUACGCCAGUAUCAGCGGUUGACCAGGCAAAUUAAACCUGACCUAGAAAAGUAUGAAAAAUUAAAAGAAGAAAGUGGUGAAGAUUUUUUUCCAACUUCAAAUAGUUUACUCCAUGGAACUCAUGUGCCCUCCAAAGAAGGCGUUGACAAAAUGGUUUCAGAUCUUGGAAAACAAAUUCAAAAACGUGAAAAAUACAGCCGGAGACGUUCUUACAAUGAUGAUGCAGAUAUUGACUACAUCAAUGAGCGAAAUGCCAAGUUCAAUAAAAAGGCUGAGAGGUUCUACGGGAAAUACACUGCAGAAAUUAAACAGAAUUUGGAAAGAGGGACAGCUGUGUAGACUGAAAAGUUCAGGACCUGGCCUUGCUUUCUCAAUUUGGCUUCUUUAAAACUUUCAUGUAUAAAAUAUGCUUUGCAAACAUGCUUUAAUGCUAGAAUGAAAUAUAUUGCAAAUAUCACAAAUUGUUUUUAUAUGUACUUGCGGUUUAUUUGAAAACUGUUUCUUAAUUUUGGUAGUUUGAUUAAACUAAGCCAUGGCGUAUAUAGCUGCUUUCAAAACA